UUACUAAUUAAUUAAUUAAGGUGCUGUUAUCAAAGUCCGGAAGGGGCAGCUCUUGGCUGUCAUGAAGGGAACGGGAUCAGCGGCGGUGAACGGGGAGGCGGAGACUGUCCUCUUGCUUCCGCGUUUCCCUCUCGCUUCUCUCAUUGCACAGCACGCCGGUAAUUUUGGUCACGUUUCCAAAACUCCUUCAUCCUUAUUUAUUCCCUUUUCAGUUCUACCUGUAGCGAGUUUAUUAAAACGGCUUUACGACAUUUAGCGGAACCCACACAGCCCUGUCCUACAUCAUCGGGGGUUGUCGACUGGCUCAUCCAUGUAUUGGAGUCCUGGGCCCCAGCGCACCGGCUCCGGCUUCAGCCAUGUCGGCACUGAACGCAGCGGCUGGCGGCGGUGACAGAGCGGGAAGCGAACCGGCAGAUGAUGUGCUGGUUGAGGAAGAACAGAGCAAUUCUUUGCCCAGCUUGAUGACCCCAUCCAUAACAUCCGGUAUGUCCUCGAGUAUGGACAUGCCAAGGAAGCGCAAGGGAAGCACGGACAACCAGGAUUCAAAAUUGGCAAUGAUUAGCGAUGCAGAUAUGGAAGAUGACCAAAACAGGUCAGACGGAGAGGACCAACAUGUCAAAAUUAAAUGCUUCAGGGAACCACACAGCCAAAUUGAGAAGAGGAGACGAGACAAAAUGAACAAUCUUAUUGACAAACUUUCAGCCAUGAUCCCCACAUGUAACCCCAUGUCCCGUAAACUGGACAAACUCACUGUGCUCAGAAUGGCAGUGCAGCACCUCAAAUCCCUCAAAGGUUCAGCGAGCUCCUUUUCUGAAGCGAGCUCCAAGCCAUCAUUUCUUCCCGAUGAAGAGCUUAAACAUCUUGUCCUCAAAGCUGCAGAUGGGUUCCUGUUUGUAGUGGGCUGUGAUCGCGGGAAAAUAGUUUUUGUCUCAGAGUCCGUCACAAAGAUAUUAAAUUAUAGUCGGUGGUGCAUAAUUGUGAAGAGGAAAAUAAAAAUCAGGCGACAGGCGGAGCUGAUUGGACAGAGCCUGUUUGACUAUAUACACCCCAAGGACAUGGGAAAAGUGAAGGAGCAACUCUCUGCUUCUGAAUUGCACCCUCGUGAGCGGCUAAUAGAUGCUAAAACUGGUCUGCAGGUUCAGGCUGACCUUCCCAUCGGUGCGUCGCGGUUGUGCUCAGGCGCUCGGCGCUCCUUCUUUUGUCGCAUGAAGUACAACAAAAUACCUGUGAAAAUUGAAGAAAAGAAAACCCAGGCAAACACCUCUAAAAAGAAAGAGUCACAGAAAUACUGCACAGUCCACUGCACCGGCUAUAUGCGUAGUUGGCCAACCAGUCAGAUGGGAGCAGAGGGGGAAGGAGAGGGAGACAAGCAGGACAGCUCCUACUUUAGCUGCCUGGUGGCGGUGGGACGCGUCCACUCACACUCAGCUCCACAAGUUAACGGAGAAGUCCGAGUUAAACCCACCGAGUUUGUUACACGCUACGCCAUGGAUGGAAAAUUCACCUUUGUUGAUCAAAGAGCAACAACCAUUCUGGGUUAUCUUCCCCAAGAAUUGCUGGGAACGUCGUGCUACGAGUACUUCCAUCAAGAUGACUUACUACAUUUAGCCGAUCGACAUCGAAAAGUCUUGCGAAGUCGGGAGAAAAUAGAAACAAACUGCUAUAAAUUCAAAACAAAAUAUGGUUCUUUUGUCACUCUGCAAAGCCAGUGGUUUAGUUUUGUCAAUCCUUGGAACAAAGAAGUCGAAUACAUAGUAUCAACCAACACAGUAAUAUCGUUUGACAACAGUCGAACAGGGCGGUCUGGACACAAGUCUGAGCAGUCGGGCAAUUCCAAGGUUUCAGAAGAGUGCAAGAAGUCCCUUCCAGUUAUACCAGGCAUCUCCUCUGCAUCUGGAACUAUGAUAUACGCCGGGAGUAUUGGGACACAGAUUGCUAAUGAGCUGCUGGAUUUCAACAAGCUGAAUUCAUCACCUUCUAGUGGGAAUGUCAGUCCAUUCAGUCUGGCACAGGAUAAAUCUCCUCAAACACUCAAUCAGAUCGCCAACAAUGUGCCAAACGGAGAAACUUCUGACAUUGAGAUUCCAGGAAAGUCGAGCUCAGAGGGUGAACCCCAAGGGGCUUCAUUCCCAGGCGGAGACUCGCUGAUGGGGGAGAAUUCCCAGCUGGAUUUGGACAGUGUUGUUGGACCCAGCCUGAACAGUUUCAGCACCGAUGAAGCGGCCAUGGCUGUGAUCAUGAGCCUGCUGGAGACCGACACAAACUUGGGAGAUACUGUAGACUUCGAAGAGAUGCACUGGUCUUUAUAAAACCCUUAUAACAGCUGCUGUGGGGAAACAUUUGAGUGAUCAGUUUCUUUGUGACAGAAAUGGUAACUCCAAAAAGCAGCAUUUAUAAUUUUUUAUGUAGAGACUUUAAAUUAUUAGUUAACCCCUUUCAUCAUAAGCUUUAUAGUUUCUUGGCGACUGCUCUCCCAAGAUCAGGAGUGGUGACCAUCUGGGACACUUUCCCUCCUCAGACGGUGGAUGUUCCUCUUGAGCCUUGCAGCAGUUUCCGCACUAGAUAAAAGUUUUAACAAGUUGAGACAAAAAGUUGAAUUCCCAACCUUUUAUUUCUCCAUCCCAGUUUGAAAAAUAUUUAGGUAUGAAAAUGCAACAAAAAAAAAAGCAACAAAAAAAAAACACUGAAUUGAUAAGUUGCUACUGUUUGAAUACUAAAAAAAGGACAUGUGGAAGACAGCCUGGUCCCUCUGUAAGCCUCAGGAUCUAAAGUGCACCAUGGCAGGCCAACCUCUGUAACAUCUACCGUUUGAGAGUCAACUCUUAUGUGGAUGCUUGGAGGGUUUCACUUGUCAUUAUCUGAACAUAUUUCAAAAAAGCAGCCCUGAAAGCUCUUCUCUUCUACACUGACUUAUAUAUGCUGUAUUUUGUGGGGUUAAUGAGGGCAAACACCACAGUUUCAGACCAUAUGUGUCUUAAAGGGACAGUUUGCAAAGAGGGCCCCAGUUGAAUACCUUCAGCAUCAGACAUGGAGCAGGUUGUGAUAUGAUAUUUGUCCUUAUACAUUGAGAACAAUAGUAGAGUAGGUCAACUUCAUUCUAAGCAAAAAAAAAAAAAAAACAUUUCAAAAGUGGUGACUAUGAGGUUUGGUAGCAACUUUGGUCAGUCUCUAUUAAAGUUGAGAUAAUUCAGGGAGUUAUCCGGUUGAAGGACUUCCAGACUUCCCUGCUUUCUGACUGCACCCGUUCACCUGUGUGUUCUUAUGCAACAUCAGCUUCAUAGUUUUGCAGAUAUGUUCUAGCUUUAGGCAUGUUUCUUAAUUAUUUUUUUUAAAUGUACCUUUAUGCACUGACCUAUUUCCAAAAACAUGUUAAUGUUUUUUGUGCUUACUGGGUGCACCCUGGGUUGUCUCAUAAAGCUCCGGUCAGGAGUUUACAUACUUUCUUUGUCUGCAUGAAUGUCGUAUUAUUUGAAGUUUAAACGCUUAAUUUAAACCUUUUUUUUUUUCUCCAGAGUUGAAUAAUUAAACUAUAUACUAUUUCAGCGAUUUUAGAAACUUGGAUUCACAAGUUAUACAUUUAUUGCGAACGCUGAAUUUCCACCCUGACCUCAACUCUUAAGAUAUUUCUAAUCUGUUUUUUAAAAGCCAGAUUUGUAUUGGGAAACCAGUGACAAUUACUGAACCCUACAAAUUUUGCCAAGGAGAGUGCAAGAAUAGAUCAAAAGCUCUUUGCUAUCUAGCAAUACUUGGUGGUUCAGCUGCAACUUGUGAACUUUAUUUUAUCUUUAAAACUAUUUGAAGUAGUGUGUCCCACCAUCUUCUCACCCUGCUUAAAGAAGGGUUUAAAUGUAUCAUCAAAGACCUGCAGACUUUUUUUUAUAUCAAUGCUAUGAUGUAUGUAAACUUUUGACCAGAACAGUGCGUCCUUUAAGGGAUUGUGCUAUGCAGAACUAUCAUUCCUCACAUUUCUACAUUUAAAUUUGUCAUUGUCGUUUUCUCUCUACAUAGUGGUUUGUGCAUGCAACUUUUGAAUACCUGAACUUUCUGAAUCUCGUUGCCAUUUACCUCAUGUAGAGUUCUGACUUUCUGUUGCUUAGAAUUGCACAUUUUAUCUCUUAGGGAGAAAAGUGAUAGCCAUUAUUAUGAUCAUCUGUUUUGUUGGUGAUACACUGUAUUGUCCCAUUGGGUUUGAGUUUUAUUAUGUAAUCACCAAAAUUCCCUCAAAAUUAACUAAAUUUAUGCUAAUAACAGCUAUUGUUAAAUUUGUGUACCUAUAUGUAAAUUCAUUGAAAGAAAGCUAAUUUAUUGGUUGUUUUAUUGUAUAAAAACAUGUUCUUAUAUUAUUAAAUGCCAAACUAUAGAUGAAUUUAAGAUGCUGUCAGGUAUCAUUAGCCAUUAACACUUCCAUUUUUCAAGUUAUACCUACAGAUAUAACAUUUUCUAUUCUAAGUGUUGAACACAGAGUGUUAUAAGAAGAACAGUGAAAAGAAAAUUGUAGAAUUUUUCAAUAUUUUUGUCAGAAAUUUGUGUAUGUCUAUUUUACCCUAUAUAAAUAAUAUCUAAUAUACUGGCACCUAAGCAUUAGAUGGAAUAGUUUGUCUUGUUUGGUAUCUCGGGCCACGAUUUAAUGAUUUCUUGAGGACUGUUAAGUUUUUAUCCCCAAUAAGAACUUUUGUUUCAUGGAUGGAAAAGGUUGCGAGUUAUGAAGAAUACUGUCUUGUCUUAUUAAGCUUGAAAUAUAAGGAGCCAGUCGAUGGAGCAGCUGAAUUCACAGGGACCCCCCUGCCUGUGUCCGAAGUGCCUUUGGACAUUUCUGCUCGGACACAUAAACCUGAAACCUGUGUUGUUGUUUUUUCUGUUUUACUUGGAGGCGCCUCUGUGGACUGAACGGAGGGCUGAGCUGCAUAUCUUUGGAUUAACUUGAAGCUUCAUCCAUGGCAUGCUGUGCCCGUCAAUGGAGGAUGCGGAAACCUGUGCAAAGAUGGAAGCAGCAGCUGCACAUGUUGGCUUCAGAACUCACUACCUAACCAAACACACAGCGCUAAGGAGUCAUGCCAUGGAUGCAGGUCCUUUUUCCUUUUCUAAGGCUGUUUGGUAUUGUUGCUGUGCAGCUUCCUCCGUUGUUCCUCUGUUGUGGUCGUCGUUUCCUCAGAAAGAUAAUAUAUUGCUCUCAUGUCAGCCUGUUUUGCUGUGACAGAGUGAUUGACCUUUUCACAGAGUUUUGCUUCGACUCCAUUUGAAAUAAAAUGUAGUUUUUGUAA